AUGAAUAAAAACUGUGCGGCAUGCUGUUCAACGAUUGAAGGCGACGAUUAUUUUAAGUGCUCGAGAUGCAGUGAUUUUUAUCACCAUUUGUGCCUUAAUUAUUAUGCGUCUGAGGAUAUAUCAAACGAGUUGAAGGUUUGCUGGCUGUGUCCUAGCUGUAUCAAUAAACAACCAAAGGGCGAUAACUCAAACUCAUUAAUAAGACCGUCUACACCUACAGGCCUCGCUGAUAUAACGUUUACGGCGACGCGUCGUAAACCGCAAAAUAAGCAAGAAACUGCGUCGGUUUCCUUCUGUUCUGAAUGUGUAUCCCGCUCCGAUAUCAAAGAAAUGAUAAGUAAUGAAAUGAAAAAAGCUUUCCAGGUCUGUCUGGCUGAAUUCAAUAAGUCCUUAAAUACGCAACUAGAAAAUCUAAACGAAAAAUUCUCCGAAAUCAAAGGUAGCAUUGAAUUUAUGAAUAAUCAGUUCGAGUUAUUCAAAUCAAACGUUCAUGCGAAUAAUGAAGAAUUAAAAGUUUUAAAGAAAAAAAAUGAGCUGCUGCGUAGUGAAGUGAAUUCUCUAAAUUAAAGCAUAAAACAAAUGGACCAGCUGAGUCGUUCCAGUAACCUUGAAAUACAAUGUGUACCUGAACAUCGUUCGGAAAAUAUAAUUAGUUUGAUUAAGCUAGUUGGCCAAGUAGUUCACCAUCCAAUUAGUGAAUCGGACAUCCUGUACUGUUCAAGAAUUGCUAAAAUGAACUCCAACAGUUCCAGACCACGUUCUAUAUUAUUGAGAAUGUGUUCACCGCGGGCACGGGAUUCACUUUUGGCAGCCGUAUUAAAGUACAAUAAGUCUAAUCCCCAUAAUAAACUUAAUACAAGCACCCUGGGUAUCGACGAUAAGAAAAGUGCCGUCUUUGUUGUUGAAAAUCUCACUUCAGAAAACAAGAACUUACACGCCGCAGCCAGAGUUCGUACCAAAGAACUAAAAUACAAAUUUUUAUGGGUACGCGGCGGUCGUAUUUACAUAAGAAAGUCGGAAAGCUCGGAACCUAUUUUUGUACGCGAUUUGGAUGUUUUAAAGAAAAUAACUUGA